CGCUCCCUCCCCGCCCUCCCCGCGCCGCCGCCGCCUCCUCCUCCCGGCCUCCCUCUCCCAGCCAAACUGAAAGCCGGACCCCAGGCCGCCGCGCCGCCGCCCGGCCUCCCUGCCAGGGCGCCACCAUGGGCAGUCCCGGUUUCCCCUUGUAAAGAUGGCGGUGAGGGAUCGCUGCAACCUUUAGACUAAUGACUGUCCGAAACAUCGCCUCCAUCUGUAAUAUGGGCACCAAUGCCUCUGCUCUGGAAAAAGACAUUGGUCCAGAGCAGUUUCCAAUCAAUGAACACUAUUUCGGAUUGGUCAAUUUUGGAAACACAUGCUACUGUAACUCCGUGCUUCAGGCGUUGUACUUCUGCCGGCCGUUCCGGGAGAAUGUGUUGGCAUACAAGGCCCAGCAAAAGAAGAAGGAAAACUUGCUGACGUGCCUGGCGGACCUUUUCCACAGCAUUGCCACGCAGAAGAAGAAGGUUGGCGUCAUCCCACCAAAGAAGUUCAUUUCAAGGCUGAGAAAAGAGAAUGAUCUCUUUGAUAACUACAUGCAGCAGGAUGCUCAUGAAUUUUUAAAUUAUUUGCUGAACACUAUUGCGGACAUCCUGCAGGAGGAGAAGAAACAGGAAAAACAAAACGGAAAAUUAAAAAAUGGCAACAUGAACGAACCUGCGGAAAAUAAUAAACCAGAACUCACCUGGGUCCAUGAGAUUUUUCAGGGAACGCUCACCAAUGAAACUCGAUGCUUGAACUGUGAAACUGUUAGCAGCAAAGAUGAAGAUUUUCUUGACCUUUCUGUGGAUGUGGAGCAGAAUACAUCCAUUACCCACUGCCUAAGAGACUUCAGCAACACAGAAACACUGUGUAGUGAACAAAAAUAUUAUUGUGAAACAUGCUGCAGCAAACAGGAAGCCCAGAAAAGGAUGAGAGUAAAAAAGCUGCCCAUGAUCUUGGCCCUGCAUCUAAAGCGGUUCAAGUACAUGGAGCAGUUGCACAGAUACACCAAGCUGUCUUACCGCGUGGUCUUCCCUCUGGAGCUCCGGCUCUUCAACACCUCCAGUGAUGCGGUGAACCUGGACCGCAUGUAUGACCUGGUUGCUGUGGUUGUUCACUGUGGCAGUGGUCCUAAUCGUGGGCAUUAUAUCACUAUUGUGAAAAGUCACGGCUUCUGGCUUUUGUUUGAUGAUGACAUUGUAGAGAAAAUAGAUGCUCAAGCUAUUGAAGAAUUCUAUGGCCUGACAUCAGAUAUAUCAAAAAAUUCAGAAUCUGGAUAUAUUUUAUUCUAUCAGUCAAGAGAGUAACUUAAAAGAACUGUGGGACUAAUUCAAGUGGGGGGAAAUGUUCAAAGCACUAUUACCUGGUUUCUCUGCAGUCUUUCUUCUUCCCUAGUGGCCCACUAAUGGUAUCACUCCAAGUCUCAAUGGUCUGGCUGUGUUAGACUCUCUCCUUUUCUGUUUUUACAUGCAACACUACUCUUGGUUUUAUUUCAGUCUGAGGUAGAGUUAACUGCAAUCAGAUUGUAGUCAGAUUUAUAUGAGUAACAGUUGCUAAUUUUAGGAUUGGGUGAAAGCUAUGCCAUUCGUUAUGUCUGGCUGUAUUAGAAUGACAUUUCCUAUGAAUGUCUACAGUCUAUUUUAAGUGUUUGCUAAACUUCUACGGCUUCCAGGGUCUUCUUACAAUGCAUUCCUUUAACUUGUCCCUGGAAGCAUUGCUGCCCAUUUUCAACUUCUCUGCCUCUUUUCUGAUACAAGGACAGAAGAAUUGGGUAGAUAAUCACCUUUUAGGGUUGCAACUAUAGCUUUAAGUUUGUGCAAGUGAAAAUGUCGAAAAGUGAGUAACCUCGAUACUAAAAUCAUCCUCGACAUGGAACAGGGUGAAGAGAAGCUGUCCGUGGUGGCUGGUGCUGGCUGGCAUUGGCACUGGUCUGUGCUGACCUUGCUGUUAGAAUUCCAGGGGUUAAGAAGGCUCAGGGCAGGCAAAGCCAAAAGGAGGAAGUUUUUGUGGACAAUGAAAAGUUACUUUUUGUACCUUUCUACCAAAACCAAGUUUCAGGAAAAUAACUCUAUGCUGUCUAUUUUCAGUCACACUUCUUCUGUAAGGCCCUGUGAGUUGUGUUUAUUCUGUAUCCGGCACUGCUAAGCUUUUCAAGGUAUCUUUCCACUCCUGCUGAUGUAUGCAGGGCUGCAGGGCUGGCAAACCUCCCCUUAGCCAGUCCGCACCGACAUUGUUCCUUAUCAGGAAUAGCAAAGGCACUGCACCUUUCCAGCCAUCAGCACAUUGUACAACUUAACUUUUUAACAUAGUCCGUCUGUUUACUGAGGCACUGGCGAGUCCCAGGGCUGAUAUAGAACCUUCCCUAGAGGGAAUACCAGAGUUAGCUGGGUAGGAAGGUGGCUCAAAGGAAGUGUCUGUGGGCAGGGGGAGGAAUGAACAAAAUGGCGCUGUUUCUUUGGCUCAGACUCCUAGAAUGCUUGAGAAGACAGAAUUUUUUUGGAAGAACCUCAUCUCAUUGUAGUUACUUUUUUCCACUUUUAUUAUAUAUGUAUUUAUUAGAGCAUUUGAGUACUGGUACCUUUAAUUAAAAGGGUCGUUUGGUGUUUUGCCGUUGAGCUGGUUUUUGAGUCAUAGAUCUCGGCUUCCUUUGGAAGUCACUUAACUUCCAUACACUAUAAUAAACUGUGAACAUAUUUUUGUUACCUAAUGCAUCUGCUAAUGAACAUGCAAACUUUGGGCAUAAUGUGAACUAAAAUUGAAAUGGAAAAUGUUAGUGGCCAUUUUGCAACAAUGAAGAGGAUAGCACUUUAUCUAGAUGAAAACUGGAUUUCUGAUCUUUGAAAUAUCUUGAACUGUUUAUUGCUCAGAACUUAAGUAAGCAUGCCAACAUUUCAUCUGUUUAUGCUUGAAGUGAAAUGUUUUACUUUUCACUGGAGAAGACAAAGCAGGGUGAUCUUCAUGUUAUUGUUUCAUACAAGUGACGGAAAUGUACCUUGCCUUGUUUAGAGGCAAUUUCAUAUUUAUAAAUAUUUUCCUCUUAUCCUCCAUGAACCUUACGCAGUGAUCACUACCUGGAAGGUGAGUCUUUAUUCUCUUUUUAAGGAGAGGCACUUUCCAACUGACGGCGAUUGAUGUAGGGAAAUGUUUGUACUAUAUAGAAUCCAUAUAUUUGACUGCAAGUUACAAAGUUUUAAGAAAAUGAUGGUUGGUCUCUAAUAUAUUUGGAACUGAUUCAUAAGAAAAACUAUUAAAAUUAUCUUUGAAACAACUCUUGAAGCUAAUUUAUUAGAAAAAAUAUUUCAAUUGGAAACCUGUAGAAGUAAUGUUUACAUGCUAAGUCAUAGUAAGUUCAGGAUAUUUUUCUAUUUGGUUGUGCAAAAAGUUUUUCCCAGUGAUUUAAGCAAAGUAAUUCCUUUUAAUACAAAGAGUCAGUUAAAAUUUAGCAUUCAUGGAUACAUUUUUGGAACGAAAAAGGAUAUGUGUAAGAAAAUAUUGCAAAGGCAUUAAAACAGUUGUAUGGUACAGGAAGAGAAGAUUGAUAAAAGACCAAAACACACUUCUCCAGUAACACUCCAUCCGUUUUUUAAAAUUUAGAGCUAUCUGCUAAUUUUUCCUUCUUCCUCCUCAAUAAACGAAACAAACACUAGGCAGCUACAUGUUUCUCCCAAUCGUGUCUCUCUAUGUAAAGACAGUAGCAUGCAAACACUUUUAGUUUUCAUCCCUCAUUCAUGGUGUAAAGCAGGAAAUGGUGUGGGAGAUGUGAGACCAGUUUGAGGUCAGCGGUAGCACAAAGCCUUCACGGUAUUCCCUCCAAUGGCCAGGGUUUUGUGUGUCAUAUGCAGGAGUGAGGAGGCCUGCUGUAUUUCUUUUAACUGCUGGGUGUUAAAAAAUAAGUUACAAUCUUUUACACUUAAAAAAAAAAAACAGAGGGAACAUUUGCUUUAUUGAUUACUCCCUAGUUUAGCCUCUAGGUUAUGGCAUAGUAUGCUAAAAAGUCGUGUUUAAAAGUAAAUCUUGGUAAAAUGCUCGCAUCGGGUCCUGUUAUGUAUGCAUUUUCCCUUCUAAGGUCACUGUCACAGAAAAUGGACUGGUCUGAAGAGAGCAAGGCACAACACAAGCAGGGCAUUAGUUUGAAUGGGAAGUCAAUCACAUUUGGUUUUAUGGCCUGGUAUAUUUUGGACUUAAGAUAAAAUGGGGGGAAAAUGUCAGAAAUGGUCCCUAUGCAUUUAUUUUCAUGGAUACCCUUAAUUUCAUGGGCAUGCCUAAUAAUGAACUAUGUUCUAACUGGAGCUUAGGGCUUAUUUUAGAUAUUGGAGUGUAGCUUUAUUACAGAUGGAUUUUAUCUUUCAACAUUGCAUUUUGAUCAACUUUGUAUAUUCAUGUGUAUUAAAAUAUUGUGCACUAAAUGUUUUGCCCUCGUUUGCUGUUAUAUGGUCAAGGCAUUUAUCAGCACUAUUGUGAUGAACUCAUGUAAAUGGCAUGGGUCAGAGAAAAUUAUUUCCUACUUUUCUGCCUAAUUAUAUUCCUGUUUUCCAGUAUUACGUUAAUUUAUUUUUGGCUUCGAUUUCUGUAUAACCAAAAUAGUUACUGUAUUUGUGUGGCAUUCCUAUUAUUUUGUCGCUAAAAAUAUUGUAGUUUUAAUUUAAAAUAAUCUGUACCUUAAUUUUUUUUUAAAUGUAACCAAUUCAAGCACUUUAAGCAAUAAUGUCAAUCUUGUGAAAUUUUAAUCAGUUUAACACCCUUCCUCUAAAAUUGUUUGCAAAAAAUAAAUAAAUGAAUAAAAUGGGAA